AUUUAUGAGGAGGUUUGUCCCCGGCCGGCUCCCAUAGCGUGAUGCCUGCUCUCAGGGCUGUGUGAGUGAGACAGCUGCAGUUACGCAGGUAACACGAUGACACGUUGUACUCACUGCAGCCAUACGGAGCACACAGGGCGCACAACUGCGACACUUCUAUCAAGCUCACACAGGGUCUUGAUGAUCUGAGCGCUCGCACCACCAGGAAGUGUCUGGCACUGUAAGUCGAUGGCUUCUGCUCUGCACCUAAAGUCAGAGAGGCUGACGCUGAUAGAAGACGGCAUUCCCCCAGCCAAGAAGCCCAGAGGACAAAGGUCAUCUAUCUAUGGUAGCCGUCAUGGUGGAUUCAAGGAAACAAAAUUACCGGAAACUGUUACCAAGCUUAAAGACUAAGAAGCCCCAAGAACUGGUGCUGGUGAUCGGGACCGGUAUCAGUGCAGCUGUAGCACCUCAAGUCCCUGCGCUGAAAUCGUGGAAAGGGUUAAUUCAGGCCCUGCUUGAUGCUGCUAUCGACUUUGACCUUCUAGAAGAAGAAGAGAGCAAAAAAUUCCAGAAAUGUCUCCAUGAAGACAAAAAUCUGAUCCACGUAGCUCAUGAUCUCAUUCAGAAGCUCUCACCGCGCACCAGUAAUGUCCGCUCCACCUUCUUCAAGGACUGUCUCUAUGAAGUCUUUGAUGACCUAGAAUCAAAGAUGGAGGACUCAGGGAAGCAGCUCUUACAGUCCGUGCUGCAGCUCAUGGAGCAUGGUGCACUCGUACUGACAACUAACUUUGACAACCUGCUCGAGAUCUACGCAGUUCAUCAGGGAAAACAGCUGGAAUCCAUAGACCUCACAGACGAGAAGAAGGUACUUGAAUGGGCUCAGGGAAAGAAGAAACUGAGUGUCCUGCAUAUACACGGCGUCUACACCAACCCCAGCGGCAUUGUCCUUCACCCAGCUGGAUACCAGAACGUUCUUAGAAACACCGAGGUUAUGAGGGAAAUUCAGAAGCUCUAUGAGACCAAGUCCUUUCUUUUCCUGGGCUGCGGCCGCACCGUGGACGAUACAACGUUCCAGGCCUUGUUCCUGGAGGCUGUAAAACACAAGUCAGAUCUGGAACAUUUCAUGCUGGUUCGUAGAGAAGAUGUUGAUGAGUUCAAGAAGCUGCGGGAGAACAUGCUAGACAAGGGAAUUAAGGUCAUCUCCUAUGGCACGGAGUACUAUGACCUCCCCGAAUACUUUGAGAGACUGGCAAAUGAAAUCUCCACAAGAGGACGCACAGGGCAAUCAAUUGAUCAACAGUUAAGCUUCGAGGAGGAGGAGGAUUCUUGUGAAUCCAGGGGCCAGUUUCUCCCAUUUUUUCUUGAGGACCCUGAGAAGUCUAGAACUGACAGGUCCACACAGACGGAUCGAGAACAGAGCACUCUGUCGUCCGCAGUACCCAUGAUGCCUCUGUCAAUGGAUCUGCCGCGCUCUAAUUGUCGCCGGAAAUCAUCUGCACAGCUGCCUCAUACGCUCUACAGCCAGACCUUAUGGACGCAGGAGGAGCAGCUGAGGAGCUUCACAGACGCACAGGAAGGAUUGCGGAAAGGAAUAAUGACCAAGGUGAAUGCGUUACACUUAGAGUUGUGUCAGCUCACCAUGAGCAUUAACAGAAACAGCGGCGUGUUUAAAAAGAUCUUGAACCUGGAGACGGAGAGAAACCAUCUGCUCAGUCACAUGAACUCCAACAUCGGCAAACUCGCCGCAAGUUUACGCGUAUUGGCGAUCGAGCAAAGUGCCAACCAGCAAGAGCUACAAACCUUAUUUGACCAGCAGAGGGCAGGACCUGAGGAAACAACCCCUGGACUGUCACCUUUACCCACCUCAGUCACAUUAACUCCUCCUCCCUCCCAUUACCGCUACUCCAUGAGAGCCAGAGCAGUGCCUCCUCCUGCCCUAAGCUACAACUCAGACCUAAGGCCCCGGCCUGCAAAGAGGGGACGGAAAUAAAAACGUCUUUCAUGAAUAGGAUCUUUGAGUUUUUCAGAUGAAGAAAACGUUUUUUUCCCCCUAAUUUCUAGGAAAAUAUAAAGCUCCUGAUAUUCUGUGUUGUACAAUUAAACGCUUUGAA